AUGGGAAACUGCAUUUUCAAACAGAAAGAACAAGCAAAUGCUGCCAAUUCAUCAUCAUCUAUUACGAAUCCUUUAAAUCAACCGUCAACAACGAGUACUAUUUCAACCGAUCCCUCUUCUGUUACCAAAAAUAACAAUUGUAAUAUUUCUCACGAGAUAAACAUGCUAACUAAUCACCACUAUGUUUUAAAAGAAACAUGGGAAAACACUAACUUUUCAGCUCCAGUGACCGACAUUUUGAAAAAUAAUGCUCUGGUUUUGGAUCUUGGAUGCGGUUCCGGCACGUGGGUUCUUGACAUGGCUACUGAAUAUAAUACAUCGAACUUUAUCGGAGUCGACAGUGCAUCAUUUUUUCCAAAACAGAUAAGACCAAUGAACACCAAUUUUCACCAAUUGAACGUGUUAGAUGGUCUGCCUUGGAAUAAGAAUCACUUUGAUUUUGUUUAUCAGAAAAUGAUGUCAACUUUGUUUGCGGAAGACGACUAUCAAAAACAAAUUCAUGAAAUUGUCCGAAUAACAAAACCUGGUGGUUGGAUUGAGAUCAUGGAAACGAAUAUCGAAUUGAAUAAUUCGGGGCCAGUCACAACCAAAGUUCUGAAAGGUGCAUGUAAAAUCCUAGAGUCAGGAUCAAUCAACGUGAGGAUUGGAGCACAGAUCAGAAGAUGGUUUCAGGAAUGCGGGUUAGUCAAUUUGAGAUUCCAAGAGAAAGCAACCCCGCUGGGACAAUGGGGAAAUCAUCUUGGCGUCGCCGCAUUCGAUGAUAUGUUGAUGUCCUUGAAAAAAUUGCAAAGUUGCUUGUUAAAAAAUUUGGGAAUCACUGAAAAAGAAUUCGAAUCGAUAGUCAACGUUAUAAAAUCCGAAACCAGAGAACAAGGCACCUCAAGUUUUCUAUAUUCUUUUUCUUCGGAUGGAUUUUUACAUGAUUGUAAUGGAGCAUUAUGUCAAUUCAAAAGCGGUUAUGGUGCUUGGAAUUUGCCUAAAUCUGGUCCAAGCUUCGGGGGUGGAUGCGACUUGACAUUAUUCGAUGAGGAAAGAAAUAUCUCAUACUGCCAUGUUGAAUCAUAUGAAUAUGGUUUGUUGGAUGAUAUUUUUGAUGAAGAAGAUGAAUAUGACAUUGACUAUGACAAUUAUGGAAAUCAUUACGGACCAAAGCACUUCACUGUGAAAGAAUAUGAAGUAUUUCAAGUCAUAUAA